GGUCGAGGGGAGGACAAGGGAGAGAGGGAAGGAGGGUUUGUCUAUAUAAGGACGAUGGACAGAGCUAAAAAAGGGAAGGAGAGAGGAAGUGUGUGCUAUGGUGCAGAGGGAGAGUUGCUUUGGAAUGCUAUACGCUGCUGCACUGUCCAGGAAGCCAGCCAGGACAUCCCUCCCCCUCUGUGUGCGUGAAUAAACGUGCCUUGGUGUGUGGGAGUGAAGUUAGUGGGUGUAGUAUAGGAGCUUGUGUGUGUGUGUGUGUGUCUACCCGCGUGUGUGUGUCGGCCCGUGUAGUGGAUCAUGCUGUGUUGCGAUGUGAGAGGUGGCGUGCGCCGCUGGCUCACGCUGGUCAGCGGCAUGGUGGAGUGCCUGUGCUUCUCGGGGGCCGUGUUCGGCUGGGCCUCGCUGGUGGUGGUCCUGAAGAGCGGGGGCUACUUCAGCUCGCUGUGUGUCAACGGCACGGGGCUGAACGGCACCGCCGCCAACGGAACCCAGGAACUAGACUGCAGCGGCCAGGACCAGCAGCUCUCCCUGGUCUUCACCAUCGCCGCCUUCGUCAACAACUUCCUGACGCUGUCCAACGGCUUCCUGUUCGACCACUUCGGCACCACCGUGUCUCGGCUGUUCGGCAUAUCACUGUACACCACAGGCGCACUGUUCGUGGCCUUCUCCAGUCCAGCUCUCUCCGUUCUGCUCUACCCCGCCCUCUCCUGCAUCGCCAUUGGGGGCAUCAUGCUCCUGAUCACCAAUAUGCAGGUGGGCAACCUGUUUGGCUCCCAGCGCUCCACCAUCAUCACGCUCUACAACGGGGCUUUCGACUCUUCCUCGGCCCUCUUCCUCGUCAUCAAGCUAAUGUAUGAGUCGGGCGUCUCUCUCAUGGUGUCUUUCGGCUCGCUUGCAGCCUGCAGCGUUAUUCACCUGGUCAGGACCUUCCUGCUUCUGCCUGGAGGCCAUAUCCCCUACCCACUGCCCCCCUCAUACACAUAUGGCGUGACCUGCCGUAAAUCUGAAGUGUUUAGUCCCGUCACCGUGGACGAGGCCCCCCCGGUCCUGGCGAAGAGCUUCUGGAAGUGUGUUUUCUCCAGGCUCUUCAUGUUCCAGCUGCUGUGGCUGUCGGUCAUGCAGCUGAGACACUACCUGUUUAUCGGCACCCUAAACCCCACGCUGCAGAGGCUGGCUAAGGAGGAUCCCUCACUGGUGAGCCAGUACACCAAUGCCUUCGCCAUCACCCAGCUGUGCGGAGUGCUGUUCGCCCCCUGGAACGGCCUCAUCAUGGACCGACAGAAGAGCAGGCCCCGGGCUGCAGGGGAGACGGAGUCUGAGUCUGAUCUGCGUGCGGCUGUGCUCUCUCUGGCCCUGACCGCUCUGCUCAGCGUUCUGUUCUCAGUGAGCGCCUCCGUCCCCCUGCUGCCGCUGCAGUACCUCACCUUCAUCCUGCAGGUGCUCAGCCGCUCCUUCCUCUAUGGGGGCAACGCCGCCUUCAUCAGCAUCGCAUUUCCAUCAGUUCACUUUGGAAAGCUGUACGGCCUGAUCAUGGCUCUGUCAGCUGUGAUCUCCUUGCUGCAGUACCCGUGCACCAUACUGAUCAAAGUGUGGCUUGGAGGAGACCCGUUCUGGGUGAACGUGGCCCUGAUAGUGCUGUGUCUGACAGCCUUCAUUCAUCCUGUCAGCGUUCGCCUGCACUGUCGCAAGCUGGCCUCCCAGAGGUGCUAGACGGCAGGGGACCUCGUAUGAAUGGACUCCCUCUCUCCCCUCUUAUCCUCUCCUCUCCUUUCCUCUCAUCCUCUCCUCUUCCUUCCCCUCUUCUCCCCUCAACACGCACAAUUCAUGGGCAAAACCAGGCAGCCAAAACCAGGCGGUUACACAGCGACAUGACAACAUUGUUUCUGACUGUAUUAUGUGGGGCAGAAUGCUGGGUUUUACCCACAGAGGAAAUACCAUGUAUUUUUCAUAUUUUAGUCAAUAUUAUACAAAUAUUUUGAUACUGUGAGCCAACACCACAUUAGAAAUGUACAAAUGUUUACUUGAAACCAAGCUAAUUUGUUAUUCCAAUAUAUUGUAUUUAGCCCAUUUGAGCCAUGGCUGGUUGGAUUGUACUAUUUGAGUAAUGUUUGUAUAGCUCAAACUCAUCCACAAUCAAACCCUUUCAAAUAUUAGAGGGAAGGGGACAAAAAUUGUAUAUUGUCUUUUUUGCAUCAUUUAUUUUUGGCAGUAUUCUUCAGCGAACGUUGAGGCCUAUUGUCCUGAUGGGGUGCUUCUGGUGCUGCAGUACCCCCUGUUGGCUGAGAGUGAAAGACAUCUUACGCAGCGAGGCUAAAGGGCUGAUUAUGGUCCCAUGUUCACGCAACGCAAGGGGGUUACGGACCCCUUACGUCCUUGCGGACCCUCCUUGCGUCAAGGGCCUGACGUGCGCCUCCCAAAAGUAGACCUCUGAGGAAUAAGUACCGUCUCCGAGGCUCUUGGUUCCAUGUUUAAAUGUCUAUGGAAAAUAACAUGGGGGGUUUUGAAUGAUCGUACAUGACAAACUCUGUGAAAAGGUAACAACUGCUCAGGUUUUGGAUUGUCGGGGCCGUCAGUAAACUAUUAUAAAUGCUAACCGGGAGCUAGUUCUGAUCUGCGCAGACUUCAUACGUCAUACUUGUCAGGGAGGCGGGAGUUGCUCGCAACCAUUCACGACCUAACGUGAUUGUCAUUUCACGCGUGAACGGACGAGCAGCGUUGGUGCCACCUCCUCCGUAGGCGGGCUCUGGUGCCAUUUCGGUGAAGACAAACUAUGAAACAUUGCCGUUGCUAUGCAACCUUGCCUGGGAGAGUCGUGACGUCCUAAGUCGGCGCAGAUCUGCAUUAGCAUAAUGCUUCUUCAUAAUAGUUAACUACUUUAACGACCCCGACAAUCCAAAUCCAAAGUGGAAUCUAGAUGGAAAAAAAUUGUACUUCUUCGCACCUACAGAGUUUGUCACGUACGAUCAUUCAACAUCCCCAUGUUAUUUUCCAUAGACAUUUAAACACGGAACCAAGAGCCUCGGAGGCGGGACUUAUUCUCCAGAGGUGUAACCUUCUGUCGAGGCAACGCAGCAGCAAGGGCUGUGAUUGAUCAGUUUACUAAAACCCGAUGCAGAACCAAAACAGGUUCACGACUGUGUCGAAACGUCUGCGUGGUCCUUGCGUUGCGUGAACAUGGGUCCAUAAUCAGCCCAUUAUUUGUUGAGACAGAUUCUAUUGUGGAAUAGAAUCGUUGGUGUAUGCUGAGUUGUUGACAAAAUGAUUUCCUUUCACACACUAAACGAUCAAAACUGUUCAAUGUAUCUCACUUGAUCCCUCAUGUUUUCUAAAUUAGAAAAUGUGUCAAGUGUGUAUCCAUGAAGGAGAGAUGUAUUACAUUUCUUGUUGUUGCUUCAAUGUCUUGUCUUUUAAUACGAAAGUACAAAAUUAAGAUCAUGCAUUGUUCUCAGCAUUUUAAGAUGACCCUUUUUUAUUACCAAAGUGUACAAAAUUAUGAGCCUCACAGAAAUGAAUAUUUUGCCUCAUGUUUUUUUUCAUCAAUACAAAUUAUUAUUUUCCAAUAAAGGCUAUUUUCUCCAAGCUU